CCAAUAGACCUAUAGUUGGAGGGGAGGGCGCUCAGGCUGGCAAUGCAAACCUGAGCUAGAGGCCGUGCGUGUCGCGCCGCGUCCAGCCUCUCGUUGCGCCGGCUCGCGCGCGCCACGAUAUUCUCAUUGGGCUCCGACGCCAUGCCGUGGCGCCUUGUGCUUAUAUAGCUGUCAAUCUGUGCGCUGCGAGAAGACCCCGCGCGUGUCAUCCAGCCUCUUCUCGAUCGAGGAGAAAUAAGGGAGAUUAAAUAGUAAAUCCGGCGGCAGAGCCACCUCUUGCUACGCAAUUCCAGCUAGCUAGGUAGCAAGCAGCGGCCUGCAGGCUAGCCGGCUGGCCGCGACGAUGAAGAAGGAGGAGGACCUCGAGUCGCCGCUGCUGUCCGACGGCGAGCCGGCGCCGGCCGACACCAAGGGCUGCGCGUACGCGCUCGUCUGCGCGCUCCUCGCCUCCCUCACCUCCAUCAUCUACGGCUACAACCGCGGCGUGAUGAGCGGGGCGCAGAAGUUCGUGCAGGCGGACCUGGGCGUCACGGACGGGCAGCUGGAGGUGCUCAUCGGCGCCACCAGCGUGUACUCCCUCGUCGGCUCGCUGGCGGCGGGGUGGACCUGCGACCGCGCGGGCCGGCGCCGCGCCGUCGCGCUGGCCGCGGCCAUGUUCCUGGCUGGCUCCGCCGCCACCGCCGCCGCCAACGGGUACGCCGCGCUCAUGGCGGGGCAGCUCGUCGCCGGCGUCGCCUGCGGGUUCGGCCUCGUCGUCGCGCCCGUCUACAUCGCAGAGAUCGCGCCGGCGAGCUCGCGCGGGUUCCUCUCCUCCAUCCCCGAGAUCGCCGGCAACUCGGGCAUCCUGCUCAGCUACAUCGCCGACUUCGCGCUGGCGGACCUCCCCACGACGCUCAACUGGCGCCUCAUGAUCGGCAUCGGCGCCGUCCCGCCGCUGUUCCUCGCGGCCGCCGCGGUGCUGGCCAUGCCGGAGACCCCGCGCUGGCUGGUCCUCCACGGCCGCCACGACGAGGCCCGGCGCGUGCUCGCGCGGACCGCGGGGGACGCCGACCGCCGGCUCCGGGAGAUCGCGGCCUCCGUCCGGGAGGCGUCCAAGGGCGGCGCCGGCGGCGAGGGCGUGUGGCGCGAGCUCCUGCUCCGCCCCACGCCGGCCGUGCGGCGCGUGAUGCUCGCCAUCCUCGGCCUGCAGGUGUUCCAGCAGGCGUGCGGCGUGGCGGCGAUGGUCCUGUACGCGCCGCGGGUGUUCAGCCACGUCGGCAUCACCUCCGACCGCGCGGUGCUCGGCGCCACGGUCCUCCUCGGCGCCGCCAAGACGGUGGCCAUCGUGGUUCCGCUCUUCCUCACCGACCGCCUCGGCCGCCGCCCGAUGCUGCUCGCCAGCGCGGCGGGCAUGGCCGCGUCGCUCCUGGUCCUCGGCCUCUCGGUGCGCGCGCCGCCGGCGGCGGCGUCGUACUCGUGGUGGGCGGCGGCGACGUGCGUGGCGGCGGCGGCGGCGUUCAUGGCGACGUUCUCGCUGGGGUUCGGGCCGGUGAUCUCGAUGUACGGGUCGGAGAUCCUGCCGCUGCGGCUGCGCGCGCAGGGCACCGGCAUCGGGACGGCGAUCAACCGGGUGAUGAGCGCGGUGGUGGGGAUGACCUUCAUCUCGAUGUACGAGGCUGUCGGCAUGGCCGGGACCUUCUACAUCUUCGCGGCGUUCUCGGCGGCGGCGUGGGUGUUCGUCUACGCGUGCCUGCCGGAGACAAAAGGGAGGAGCCUCGAGGAGAUGGAGGCGCUCUUCGACGCCGGUGCCAACAAGCCCUCGCCACGGGCGACGCUGUCGUGAUUUAGAGUUCUAGACAGAGACAAGAGGCAGCGAGUACUACGUAAGGAUGUAAGAUUGGUUAACCGAAAGGUUAGGGGUUGGCUAGUAUAAUUGCUACUAGUACAGUACACUAUUUUUGUUUUGUUGAUGUGUAAUUUUGCAAUUUUGAUUGGGAAUGAUAUAUCGGUUCUUGCUGCUGCUCUGACACAGAGAACUGUUUGGAAUGA